AUGAGUGGUGAAGUUCAAAGUUGGAAAGGAUUAAAUCAAGAGCGAGGGCUUCAAAGGCCAGGUGACACUCGUUGGGAAUCACAUUAUAAAAUAUUGGAUAACUUUGUUAUUUUAUUUUCUUCUAUUAUUCAUGUACUUGGGGUAAUUGAAUGUGAAUGUGAUGUUAAUGAUAGGUUGCAAGCAGAAGGUAAAAUUAAAGCAUUUGAAUUUAUUUUCUUACUUCACUUAAUGUUGAAAGUGUUGAUAAUGUCAAACGAGUUGAGCAAAGCUUUACAGAAGAAAGAGCAAGAUAUUGUUAAUGCCAUGAUAUUUCUUGAUAUCACAAACGAAAGGAUGCAAGAAAUAAGAGAUGAAAGAUGGGAAACAUUGAUGGAUGAAGUAUCUUCAUUUUGUGCAAAACAUGAUAUUUUGGUGCACAAGAUGGAAGAAUUCUAUAUUCCUGGAAAGUCGAAGCGUAGGCUUUCUAGUGUUACUUAUUCACAUUACUUACGUGUUGAGCUUUUUUAUGCAGUGAUUAAUUUUCCACUUCUGGAGUUUAAUAGUCGUUUUGAUGUUGUGAGUAGUAACUUGCUUCUUGGUAUGGCUAGCUUGAAUCCGGCUAACUCAUUUGCUAAUUUUGAUAAGGAAAGAAUAAUGACAUUGGUCAAGCAUUAUCCCGAUGAGUUUGGUGAAUUGAAGCUUUGA